UGAGGACUUCCAAUGGUUGCCUCUGCCCUCCACCGGUUCUUUGCCAACUCCGCAUUGCAAUGCCUUAAUGGCACAUCUACGCGAAUACUUGCACGCUGCAGUACCACCUCCGUCGACGGACGGCGGAGUAGCGGUUGUUGACCUUUGCAAUUUUCUUGCGAAGAUCGACCGCGAGUACGCAAUGCAACGCUAUGGGGAUGUCUUUCAAGCUCCCGCCGGAGUCAUACCGGAUCGGCCCAUACGUCACGGGAUCACUCUCGAGGACGGCGCCGUACCUCCGCGCGGAUGUAUCUACCGCAUGAGCGAAGAGGAACUUCAAGUGCUUCGAGCACAACGAGACGCCCUCUUGGCCAAGGGCUGGAUUCGCCCUAGCUGCUCGCCAUACGGUGCUCCCGUUCUCUUCGUCCGGAAGAAGAACAAGGACCUUCGGUUGUGCAUCGACUAUCGUAAACUCAACGCACAAACGAUCAAGAACGCCGGCCCUCUCCCUCGGAUCGAUGAUCUUCUCGAGCGACUCGACGGCGCCAAGUACUUCUCCAAGCUAGAUCUCAAGUCCGGUUAUCACCAGAUCGAGAUUCAGCCAAGAGAUCGGUACAAGACCGCAUUCAAGACGCGGUAUGGGCACUUUGAGUGGAUCGUCAUGCCUUUCGGUCUCACCAAUGCCCCGGCUACUUUCCAAGCGGCUAUGACGACGGAAUUCCGCGACUUGCUCGACCUCUCCGUACUCAUUUACCUCGAUGACAUCUUGGUUUAUAGUCGGUCGCUGGACGAGCAUCUCGAGCACCUUCGCGCCGUAUUGGAGCGGCUUCGUAUCGCCAAGUACAAGGCAAACCGCGACAAGUGCGAGUUUGCAGAGCAAGAGCUGGAGUACUUGGGCCAUUACGUCACGCCGCAAGGCAUUCGUCCGCUCGCGGACAAGUUACAAGCUAUUCAAGAUUGGUCGGACCUCAAGUGAGCAAAUGACAUAAAGGAGCAUCCAUGGUUUGCUGGAUUGGAUUGGAAUGCGCUUGCCAAAAAACAAGUGAAGCCACCACUUUUGCCGCCAAUGCACAGAGAGCGGAAGUCUGAUGAAGCAGAAGCACAGGAUAAGGUUGAUGAUAAGGUGGACCCGUCACAAUUGCAGGAAGCUCAGCGAAUCUUCAAGGAUUUUUGAUCUGAUGCUCUCGCAACAAGAACGAAAUUUAAUGAACAUGCUUGGAGUGGCAGCUGCAACAGUUGAUGAGUCAAAUAUCUCGGAGAGUGCAAGUUUUGGAAACAUGAGAGAAAAACAUAAGUUUUGAAAAGUUGAGAGGGAAACAUGCAAGAUGAUGGUAAUAGGGCAGAGCCAGAGACGGAAAGUACAAGUGGCUAUAUAUAGUGACUCACUGUGAGUACAAGGGCCUGGUCACACAGCAGUCUAUUCUCCACCGUUUAUCAUGUGGCUGUCCAGAACAGGUUCAUUCUAAACUAGUCAUCAUGGUGUGUAGUGUGGGAAGGCCCUGCCCCGACAACAGAACUUCCCAAGUUGUACCCUUCCGUUCGAGACGGAAGGGGGCAGAAGUUUGGGGGGGGGGGGAGCAGUUAUUUGGUGAUCUUUUCCUUUUUCCUUCCCACCAAAAGAAAAUGAAAUAAAUUGGCUCAC